ACAGCGGACACAUACGGCAGGUGAACUCGCUGAAGCCAGAGGAAGCCACACAUACAGGUGACCAGUUUCAUUUGACUGCAGCAAGAGGUCUCACAUUUCCAGUCACACAGAGGAGGAUAUCUCUGCCCCCACCUUUCACUUGUUUCUGAACCGAUGACUCCCCUGUCACUCAACCUUGCCACCUAGUGGAGCUGUGAGGGUUCGACUCCCUCCUGGUCAACAGUAAUCUUCCAGACAACUAUACCUCCCUCAUCUGGGGAGAUGUCGGCCCUGCAACAUUUCCCUCAGAUCCAGUUUGUGUGUCACCUGCUGGAGACCAUACAAUAAGAACCAUCUUUGCACCUUAUCAAAAAAUUAAAGCCUUCUUUCCAGCUUCAUCUACAAGUUCAGAAGUCUUUCUGUAAACCAGUUUUUUUUUGACUGACAUACGUGUGACAUACAUCCAUGAUCCAUGGUUUCAUGGUGGAGUUAAUGGUGCUUGAAAGUAAGAGACAGUUCUGAUCCAGCCAGAGGAAGAUUUAGCCACAAAGGAGACUCUGUUAACGAGACUGAAACAACAGCAAAGCCAGAUGGAACUAUUUUCAAAUGUUACAUCAUCUGCUGCUACACCAACAGCAUCACAAAAUGACACUUUAAUAACCCAGAGGAGCAGAUAUAAGUCUCACAACUGGGAGUUCUUGGUGGCCGUCCUGGCCACAGCCAUCUCUGUCUCUAUCAUCAUCGCCAUCCUGGCUAAAUGUCAGGUGGUGAGGCGUUACCUGGCCAGCUACAGGCACACACGGCUGAGGGACAUAGACACUGUGAGCCAGUUUGACUCAUCAGGCCAGGAGGUGGAGUUUGCCAUGCAGAAUGGACGUGGAAUAAACCCUCACUGCCUGCCCCCUGUAAGCGAGGAGGACGACGACGGCUUCAUCGAGGACAACUACAUCCCGGCCAGCGAGAGGGCGAGGGCCGAGAGAGCGGCGGAGAACAUGGAGGACACAGACGACACGGAGGAAGAGAUGGAUGAGAUUGAGUUUUCCAUCGCUUAGGACGACUGCAGCUCCACUCCCUAUAAUUCUUUAUUUUUUUCUUAUUCCUAUUAUUGAUCUAAAACUGGGAGCUUGUUGAGCAUUGGUUGAGUUUAAGAAAGCUUAAAAAUGUACAACCAGUGCUCAAGAGCACCUGCAAUAAAUGACUGAUUGCAAGGUGCAUUGUAAAGGCAGUAGCUGUCAAUGUGCAGCCUGAUGAUCCAUUAUAGAGAGUUGUAGAUUAAACUAUUGAUAAAUCAUAUUAGUCAUGCAGUGAGAGACUCGUGCAACAACAGUAAAAGUCACAACAUGUUCUUUUGUUCUGGGUGAAAAUUGGUUGAUUUUUUUUACCUGAAUCAGCAUUUUAAAAAAAAUAUCUAUUUCUAAGACUUAAAAACACUUGGGAUGAUCUUUUGUAAAUAAAGCAAUCAACUCUGUAUCUGUUGACAGUCGUUGGUUGAGUUGACUGGUUGACCAUAACUUGAUUUGACUGCACAGGUUGUGCAAAAAUAUAUCAGCAUGUUUUGGAAAAAUAACCACAAAACAGGAACAUUUCAAGUUUGCGCGCUGCAUGUCUUGUCAUUGUCACAUGAGGUUUAACUUCAGUAUGCAUGGAUGUGUAAAAUGUUUGAAAAGUGUCAAAAUCUGAGUAGUAAGCAGCACAUUGAUGCUCUGCAACAGACAGAUCAAUAGCUUUACUACCCAAACAUUUUACUUUCCAUCUUUUGAUCUGGCAUUGUUGCAACAUCAGUGUGAUUUCUACAGUACAGACUGUCCUCAGAAAAGGUAUGACUACAGUUACAUGAAAAAUGUAGGCUGGCUCGUUCAUUGUAAAAGCGUUAGCCUACUUGUAAUAACUUUCUACUUUACUGCUAUUUUUGAGAAACACCACUGUAUUGGGGCUGUGCAUGAAUUCAGCACCUCUACUGUAAAACAUGUCAAAUUAAAACAGCUUGACAUUGAUACAAAAUAAACAGUGUCACCUUUA